AUGAAGCAGCGAACCGAGAUUCCCAAGGGACCAGAGUUCCGAUUCGAAAUAGGAUACCUGAUGAUUACUCAUAUCGUCGUCAUGAAAUGCCGCGAUCUUGUCACUCGCCUCGAAGCCCUUGAAUUAGUUAAAACAUACACUGCAAAGAGGGAAAACUUCUGGGACUCUGAAAUUAUGUACGAGCUUGGUAGACGAGUUAUCGAGGUUGAACAGAAUAUGAUUCUGAACGAGAAGGAUGUGCCAAUAGGUUGGGUGUCAUUGACGGAUUUCCCCCCCGAGGAGAGACGAGUUCGCGAUAUUCAUUUCGACAAGAAUCGCGUUAUCCAUGCCGAGGUCGAUGGACUGAAAGUCAUGGAGUAA